CCUCUCACGUCCGACUGAACACCCUCUUGUACCGCUGCUCUGAGUUGGAUCACCUAAUUCAAGUAAUUCAAUUGGGCACAGUCCGAUUAAGGCUACUAGAGCACAGUGUUUGAAGGUUAUUUAUCUGGUUCGUGCCGAUGACAUUCCCGCCAUGCUGCUGGGACAAAGGAUAGCAUCCUGUCUUCACAAGUCCUUUUCGAUUCUUUGGCCCCAGUCCGAGCCCUUUUCAAUAGGAGCAGCUCUUCGCGGGCAUUCAGGGAGAACAUACAGCGUCCAGGAAAUCCUUACCGAGCGACGAGGCCCGUUACUAUGCGUUUACCGAGCGAGGAGAAAACUUCAUUAUCAAAACAUGAUACCGGGCGAAUUCGAGUACCAGCAAAACCUACAAAAGCCUUUAGCUUCGUGUCCCCAUUUGCGGACGGUGGACGACACCAUUCCCGACUUCGAACUCUUCGUCUAUCACUUUCUAAAUGGCGACCUCCUUCAGAUCAGCCAGAAGACCUUGUCCAAGGAGACGAGGCGAAGUAUCCUCAGAAGUGCUUUCACUGGACUGGCUGAGCUUCAUGAUAGAGGAAUCAUCCAUACCGACAUUAAACCCAGCAAUAUCCUUCUCGACUAUGACGAGACGGCUGCCAACGACCUUACUAUCGAAAAAGUCCAGAUCUCAGACUUGGAGGAUGCGGUGCUCCUCCCACCCGGCAAGAACCUCAAGGGGUGCCUCUGUGGAAACCAAUUAUGGCGAAGCCCCGAAUCUUGGGCCCGUGCCCGGCAGAGAACACCAUCCGAUAUCUUCUCCUUUGGGGUGGUAGCCAUCUACGUGGUCCUUAACGACAUGAUCUUUCGCGUAAGCGACGAAGAGUUGAGUUGGCAUGACGCCUGGAGGCAUAUCCUUCGGAGACAUAUCUCGUAUUUUGGAGAUGAGGAUGGCUUUCGGGGCCUGCUUCGGCAUAUUGGAGAAGAGAACCCCUUUUUCGAGCGCCUCGUUGCUCUCGCAGGUGACUUUGAUGCCGAGAGGCCGAGAAAGCCUUUCACGAUGUGGCAGUAUGUGGACGGGGAGUUUAGGGAUUUAAUUAUGAAGAUGGCGAACUUGGAUCCAGCGAGGAGAAUCACUGCUCGGGAGGCUUUGGAGCAUGCUUGGUUCCGCCAGGCUGAUUCGGGCCCGAUGGCAUUGAAACACGGUGAAAUUUAG